UCAUACCGGUAAAUUUUUGGCUCUGCUAGAAUUUUUCUUUUGAGGGUUCCUUAAAGAGAAAUCGUUUUAAAUGUCGGCUUAAUAGAACGCUGGGUCAAAAUUAGUCUGCUGAAUGAAUCAUUUAUCGUCACAUUGAAUCGUUAGAAUCCACAUUUAUAAAACAAUCAGGCAGUGACAUCAUUAGUAGGCUCACAUUCAGCCUUACGGAAACAGAUUUCCGAUUGUAGUAGCUAAUGGCAAAUGAUGGUAAAUAACAGCAUUACUUGUAUAUAAAACAAAUCAAAAUAAUAACGUGUUAUCAUGAAGAACCACAUAUGACAUCAAACCCGCAGUUAGUAGAUUACUACCUAUUUAGCUGAGAAUGAACUUUUGAAAAACAAAAUAACAUACUAAGACUUUUACAGCCUAAAGAUGCAAAAUGCGUGGGGUUGGAAGACAGCAAGAAUGACAACUGUGCAACUAGCCCCACCUCCACCCGCUCCCCCACCUCCACCUCCACAGCCAGAAACAGGUUCCAGGAAAAAGAAGCUGUAUCAGGCCAUUGCGGAAGGAAGGGCACCAGUAGAAGGAGAUCACGAGGAACCCCGACUGUUGCUUACAAAAAGGGAGAGCAGUUUCAGAAAGGACCUGCAGUGGGUGCUCUUCAACAAAUUUGUACCUUCUCUCAUUCAGGACGGACCACAAUGCGGUUUGGUUGCCUUGUGGAUGGCAGCCCAACUACUUCAGCCUUCUGCAGACUUGUCUAUGGAGAACAUAGUGAAGACUGCAAUGAACCAGGGUUACACUGCUCAAGGAGAGAUCUUUUCUGCCCAUCACAUGGCCUUAUUGGCUGAGGAGGUGAUUGGCUGCUGGGCCGAGCGACUGACUGGAGGUAUGGGCGGGGCCAACUUUUGCCACAUCUUGAAGCACCUUGCUGAUGGACAGCCCAUCCUCAUUCCCUAUGAUGAAGACUUCAACCACGAACCCUGCAGGCGCAGUGGCCACAGAGCGCACUGGGCAGUGGCCUCAGGUGUCUUACUGGGUCUAACACAUGGCAGCCUAAACAGCGAGGAUUUCUGUGCGGAUCCCGCCCUGCCCUGGCUCCUGCUGCCCCGUCACGGCUGUAGCGGUCCCACCGCGGGGGUGCAGGAUGCAUUUAUUUUUGCCAAGCAGGGAAAAAGCUUGCGCUACCAGCUAUGGAGCCUGGAAUUGCUGACCCAGAGCAACGCACAGCUGAAGGAGAUGGACCCCCAGAGAGCGGCAGAUGGGUCUGUGUACAUUGUACCCCAAGGCGGGGUGGGCCAAGGCCUGGCAGGUCAAGUAGUCCUGCUCCACGCCAACAGGCCGACGGACUGAUGUACAGCCUACCUCUAUAUAAAGCCUGCAAGAUGAAAUCGGGCCCAGCAGUCGGGCUGCGACUCUGAGCAAACACCUUAGCAUCUGUCUGGAUGAAGUAAAGUGAGGGACUCAACUAGUCCAUGGAGUUGGGAACUGUAGCGUAAAAGGUGAGCCUAUGUGAGUUAGCUGGGUGGAGUUCUAAGCUCAUUGGGUGUCUGCAGUUUCAGGAUGACACGGGGUCACUACGGUCAAGCCUGAUGCACCACUUAACGAAGAGUGGUUUUAUAAUCGCUCCUCACGUUACUCCCUGCCUCGAUCUAGAAAAGUGACAUUUGGUUUCGAACAUAUAUUUCUACUUGAUUCUUCUGGCCCGUAGUCAUUUCUUUGCUGUGUAAGAAUACUGAGGUUGUGCAUUUCCUGUUGUCCGUGAAUUAAAUUAUUAAAAAUUGUUUGCCGUCUUACAAUGA